GGGCGUUUUGGGAACGCGGAAAAAAUUAGUGUCAUCACCUUUUCCGUACCCGUAAUGGAAGCUAUGAAUCAGGCCGACAAGAGAACGAGAUGGUCGCAGUGGUCUGAGUCGCUAUAAAGACACCAAGGAGCUUCACUGUCCGCCAUUAAUGGCGGCCACACGAUCCUUUUCGUCUCCAUGCAAAAGCCCUUCUGGCUUUGCUCACUUGUUGAAAUACCCAACACUAUCUUCCUCUUCUUCUUCUUCAACUUCUCUUCCACUUCCUAAACCCUCGGCGGUCAAUGCAUUGAAGAAGAAGACCAACAACCACCAGGUCAGGAGCGAGAUCAGGAGCUAUGAUAACCACCACCAAAAUUGGACCAUCGAGGCCGAUCCUCUUCGUUUUAUCCCCACCUCUUCGCUUGCCUCUCCUUCCUCGGUUCCAAUGGCCACUUCCAGUUCAGCUUUGGAAUCUUCCGUUAAGAAUGCGAAGAAGGUGUGCCUUUUCUAUUGCGCCGAGACGAAAGCGCUCGCCGAGGGAAUCGCAGCUCAUUCUGACGCCAUUGAGCUCCGUACCAUCACCUGGAGGAAAUUCGACGACGGAUUUCCCAACAUAUUCAUUCCCAAUGCUCAAGGUAUUCGUGGACAGCAUGUGGCUUUUCUGGCCUCGUUUAAUUCCCCUGCUGUAAUUUUUGAGCAGCUCUCUGUGAUCUAUGCGUUGCCCAAAUUGUUCAUAUCCUCGUUCACACUGGUCCUACCAUUUUUCCCAACUGGAACCUCUGAGCGUAUGGAGGAUGAAGGAGAUGUUGCAACGGCUUUUACUCUUGCUAGGGCCUUGUCCAAUAUACCAAUUCCAAGGGGAGGGCCUACAAGUCUGGUGACCUUUGAUAUCCAUGCAUUGCAGGAGCGAUUCUACUUUGGUGAUAAUAUUUUACCAUGCUUCGAGAGUGGGAUACCUUUGCUCAAAAAUAGACUCCAACAGCUCCCUGAUUCUGACAACGUUUCUAUUGCUUUUCCUGAUGAUGGUGCAUGGAAAAGAUUCCAUAAGCAGCUCCACCAUUUCCCGAUGAUUGUUUGUGCUAAAGUUAGGGAAGGUGAUCAACGAAUUGUUCGUAUCAAGGAGGGAGACCCAAGUGGAAGGCAUGUUGUGAUUGUUGAUGAUCUGGUUCAAUCAGGUAGCACCCUCAUUGAAUGCCAGAAAGUGUUAGCAGCCCAUGGAGCGGCAAAAAUCAGUGCAUAUGUAACACAUGGGAUUUUCCCUAAUAGAUCAUGGGAGCGCUUUGAACAUGACAACGGAGGGCAUCCGGAAAAUGGGCUGUCCUACUUUUGGAUUACAGACUCAUGCCCGUCAACUGUACAAGCGGUGAAGCAAAAGGCACCUUUUGAAGUUCUUAGCCUAGCUGCUUCCAUAGCGGCAACUCUUCAAAUAUAAAUGAAUCCGAGUAUCUAGUUCUCUUUCUUUC